GGCCAGAAGUCAGGAGGCCGGCGUCGGGGGUCGGGGUCCGGAGUCAGGAGGUCGAGUCGGAUCGGGAGCCCGGCGGCUGGCGCCGGGGGUCGCGGCCGCGGAGUGACGGCGGCCCGCCCCCGCCCCCUGCCAGGCCCGCCGCGAUGCCCCUGCACAAGGUCCCGGUCGGCCUGUGGAAGCAGCUCCGGCUGCGGGAGGGUAUCUGCUCCCGCUUGCCCCGGCACUACCUGCGCUCGCAGGAGCAGGUGCGAACGCCCACCCCCGUGCACUACAGGCCGCACGGGGUUAAGUUCAAGAUCAACCCCAAGAACGGGCAGCGGGAGCGUGUGGAGGAUGUGCCCAUUCCCAUUUACUACCCGCCAGAGUCCCAGCUGGGGCUCUGGGGCGGGGAGGGCUGGAUCCUGGGCCACAGAUACGUCAACAACGACAAGCUCUCAAAGAGGGUGAAGAAGGUGUGGAAACCACAGCUGUUUCAGCGCCAGCUGUACAGUGAGAUCUUGGACACCAGAUUCACCGUCACAGUGACCAUGCGGACCCUGGACCUUAUUGACGAGGCUUAUGGGUUCGACUUCUACAUCCUCAAGACUCCUAAGGAGGACCUGUGUUCCAAGUUCGGGAUGGACCUGAAGCGAGGGAUGCUUCUGCGGCUCGCCCGACAGGACCCCCAGCUGCACCCGGACGACCCCAAGAGGCGGGCCACCAUCUACGAAAAGUACAAAGACUUUGUCAUCCCAGAGGCAGAGGCCGAGUGGGUCGGCCUGACGUUGGAUGAGGCUGUGGAGAAGCAGAGGCUCUUGGAGGAGAAGGACCCGACUCCUCUGUUCAAGGUCUACGUGGAGGAGCUGAUUGAGCGGCUUCAGCAGCAGGCACUGUCGGAGCCAGUGGUGGUGCAGAAGAGAGCCAGUACGAGCUGAGCGCGCAGUGACCUCCACUGGACAGCCGCACCCAGCCACACCCCCUUCGGCACCGUGGACACAGCCUGGGGUUGUGGCGGGGGCCACGUUUGGGUAGUGGAUGAACCCAUUCUUGCCUGCUGACUCAGCAGCUCCCAGGGUUGGGGGAGCUUUGUGGAGGCCCCAAGGGGUCUGUUGCCCCAGGGUCUCAAGGUCUUGCUGCCUGUGCGGUACCCCCUCCCCCUGAAGUGGGGGCAGCACAAGUAAAGUCGGAGCCAGGCCGUG